CUGGUGCAUGGUGGUCGGACGGAGGAAUUGUUGGAAAAUUUCUCGGCGAGGUAGACAAUGUUAUUAGCCCAGAUAAAUCGAGAUUCUCAGGGAAUGGCAGAAUUUUCUGGAGGCGGGAUGGAGGCUCAGCAUGUUACUCUGUGUUUGACAGAAGCUGUAGCAGUACAAGAUGGAGAUAACUUGGACAACAUGGAAGGAGUAAGCUUACAAGCAGUUACACUUUCUGAUGGUUCCACUGCCUAUAUACAACAUAAUUCUAAAGAUGGCAAAUUAAUGGAUGGCCAGGUGAUUCAGCUGGAAGAUGGCUCAGCAGCCUAUGUCCAACAUGUUCCCAUGUCUAAAAGUAGAGAUAGUCUUCGUCUAGAAGAUGGACAGGCAGUUCAGCUUGAAGAUGGAACAACAGCUUUCAUUCAUCAUACUUCAAAAGACAGUUAUGACCAGAGUACACUACAGGCAGUACAGCUGGAAGAUGGAACGACCGCCUAUAUUCACCAUACAGUGCAGGUACCCCAGUCGGAUACCAUCUUAGCAAUUCAGGCUGAUGGCACAGUGGCAGGUCUUCAUACAGGAGAUGCUACCAUCGAUCCAGAUACAAUCACUGCUUUGGAACAAUAUGCAGCAAAGGUGUCCAUUGAUGGAAGUGACAAUGUUAGUAGCACUGGAAUGAUAGGCGACAGUGAACAAGAUAAAAAAAUGCAGGUACAUGAAAGGUCACAUACAGGAGAUCGGCCAUAUCAGUGUGAACAUCCAGGGUGUGGCAAAGCAUUUGCAACAGGUUAUGGACUAAAAAGCCAUGUUCGAACCCACACUGGAGAGAAGCCAUAUCGUUUCCAUAAUACUUUUUUUAAGGGGAUUAUUAUCAAGAUUGAAUUGCUGAACAGUGAAAGACCAUUCAAAUGCCCUUUUGAAGGAUGUGGGAGGUCAUUCACAACAUCUAACAUUAGAAAAGUUCACAUCAGGACGCAUACAGGGGAAAGACCCUAUUAUUGUACAGAGCCAGGAUGUGGGAGAGCCUUUGCCAGUGCAACUAAUUACAAGAACCAUGUGAGAAUACAUACAGGGGAGAAGCCUUAUGUAUGUACGGUCCCUGGCUGUGACAAACGCUUUACAGAAUAUUCCAGUUUAUAUAAACACCAUGUGGUACAUACGCAUUCCAAACCAUAUAACUGUAAUCACUGUGGGAAAACAUAUAAACAAAUUUCUACACUUGCAAUGCACAAGCGGACAGCACACAAUGAUACAGAGCCAAUAGAAGAGGAACAAGAAGCAUUUUUUGAGCCACCUCCAGGUCAAGGUGAAGAUGUACUCAAAGGAUCGCAGAUAACAUAUGUAACAGGCGUAGAAGGAGAUGAUGUUGUUUCUGCACAGGUUGCUACAGUGACUCAAACAGGGCUCAGUCAGCAAGUGGCGCUUAUUUCCCAAGAUGGAACUCAGCAUGUUAACAUAUCUCAGGCUGACAUGCAGGCCAUUGGAAAUACAAUCACUAUGGUAACACAAGAUGGCACGACCAUAACAGUCCCUGCCCAUGAUGCAGUUAUUUCUUCUGCAGGGACGCAUUCCGUUGCAAUGGUUACAGCAGAGGGCACUGAAGGACAGCAGGUUGCCAUUGUGGCUCAAGAUUUAGCAGCCUUCCAUAGUGCUUCACCAGAAAUUGGACAUCAACAACAUGGGCAUCAUUUAGUUACCGCAGAAUCUAGACCUGUUACGUUGCUGGCUACAUCCAAUGGAACACAGAUUGCAGUGCAGCUUGGAGAACAGCAGUCUUUGGAAGAAGCCAUUAGAAUAGCUUCUAGAAUACAACAAGGUGAAACACCAGGAAUUGAUGAUUAACUGUGCCUAAAAGAACAGUGGAAUGAAUUAUAUUUUAUUUUCAGUCCACAAUGUCUGUGCCAGCCGACAUCCAUAAAAACUUUAACGUGUUCUUGCUCACUAAUACUCUGCACACAUUUUAUGCCAGAGUGAAGAACAUUUCAUGUCUGUAAUGUUUGUGUAUAUGAACACUGGGAAAUAGAUGAAUACCACCUAUCAGACUGAUUCUCUAUUCAGGAACAUGGAGCUAGGAUUUCCUGCUUAGAUUUCCUUUGCCUGCAAUUACAUCAGAUUCCAAACUAGACUACAGGCAAGCUGCAUCUGCUUUACUACUGGAAUGAAUUUAAAGCCACAUGAAACUGAAUGAAGUCAUUACUGAAGAUUUCAGAUAUUUAAACCAUAACAAAAAUCAUCAUUUCAAAAAC